AUGAACAAAAAAAGUACUGAAAUUCUUGUUGGCCUGUUUGUCGUGCUGGGUGUAUUGGCCCUGUUGUUUUUGGCGCUAAAAGCCGCCAAUUUGGCCAGCUUUACCAGCGGCGGCGACACCUACAUGGUGCAGGCCCGGUUUGACAACAUUGGCGGCCUCAAGGGCAGGGCGCCGGUGCGCUCGGCGGGCGUCAACGUGGGCCGCGUGACCAAGGUCGUGCUCGACCCCCAGACCUUCCAGGGCGUGGCUACGAUGGAAAUCCGCAAAGACGUGCUGUUCCCCAAAGACUCUUCGGCCAAGAUUCUCACGGCAGGCCUGCUGGGUGACCAAUACAUCGGCAUCGAACCUGGCGGUGACGUCAAAAACCUGGCCGCGGGAGACGUGAUCACGCAGACCCAAUCUGCCGUGGUGCUUGAAAACCUGAUUGGCCAGUUUUUGUUUGACAAGGCUGCCGGUGGUGGCGAAGCCAAAAAGCCCUAA